AUGCCGUCUAAAACCAGUGACGCCAACGAUGAUGGCGCUCAUCGUGGCAAGAUUUUCUCCAUCUCCGGUCCCGUUAUUGUGGCCGAGGGGUUGAUUGGAAUUGCCAUGUACGAACUCGUCAGAGUUGGACAUGAUAGCCUGGCCGGUGAAGUUAUCCGAAUCAACGGCGACCAAGCGACAAUUCAGGUGUACGAAGAAACUGCUGGAGUUCAGAUCGGUGACCCUGUGGAACGGACCCGAAAGCCCCUCUCCGUCGAACUUGGCCCCGGCCUCCUGAACGGAAUCUACGACGGCAUUCAACGUCCCCUGGAGGAAAUCUCCAAAGUUUCGCAGACCAUCUACAUUCCUCGAGGCAUUUCCGUCCCCGCUCUCGACCGAAAGAAGAAGUGGGAAUUCACUCCUACCAAAAAGGUUGGCGACCAUAUCUCGGGUGGUGAUGUCUGGGGAACAGUCUUUGAAAACUCCUUCAUCUCCACUCAUCGAAUCUUGCUUCCUCCUCGUGCCCGUGGCAUCAUCACCAAGAUUGCCCCCAAAGGCGAAUAUACCGUUGCCGAAAAUCUUCUCGAGGUCGAGUUCGACGGCCAAAGGACCGACUAUCCGAUGAUGCAAUCGUGGCCUGUCCGAGUCCCCCGUCCGUCGACCGAGAAGCUGGCCGCCGACCAGCCCUUCUUGGUUGGCCAGCGGGUCUUGGACGCCCUGUUCCCCAGCGUUCAGGGCGGUACCGUCGCCAUUCCCGGUGCUUUUGGCUGCGGCAAGACCGUCAUCAGUCAGUCCGUGUCCAAGUUCUCCAACAGCGACGUGAUUGUCUACGUUGGAUGCGGCGAGCGAGGAAACGAAAUGGCCGAAGUUUUGAAGGACUUUCCCCAACUGUCCAUCGAAGUCGAUGGUCGCAAGGAGCCCAUCAUGAAGCGAACGACACUAAUUGCAAACACAUCCAACAUGCCCGUGGCUGCCAGAGAGGCUUCAAUCUACACGGGUAUCACGGUUGCCGAGUACUUCCGCGACCAGGGCCUGGAUGUGGCCAUGAUGGCGGAUUCUUCCUCGCGGUGGGCCGAGGCUUUGCGAGAACUCUCUGGUCGCUUGGGCGAAAUGCCUGCCGAUCAAGGCUUCCCUGCCUACCUGAGUUCCAAGCUCGCCUCGUUUUACGAACGCGCUGGAAGAGUGCAGGCGCUGGGCUCACCUGAGCGCAAGGGCAGUGUCAGCAUCGUCGGCGCCGUCAGUCCUCCCGGUGGCGACUUCUCAGAUCCCGUCACGACGUCGACUCUGGGUAUCGUGCAAGUCUUUUGGGGUCUAGACAAGAAGCUUGCUCAGCGGAAGCACUUUCCCUCCAUCAACACCUCUGUAUCGUACAGCAAGUACACUGGCGUUCUCGACAAGUUUUACGAAAAAGACUAUCCCGAGUUCCCCCGUCUCCGAGACCGCAUCAAGCAGCUCAUUUCCGACUCGGAAGAACUCGACCAGGUGGUGCAACUGGUGGGCAAAAGUGCCCUGUCUGACCCGGACAAGAUCACGCUCGACCUCGCCGCGCUGAUCAAGGAAGACUUUCUCCAACAAAACGGCUACUCGGACUACGACCAGUUUUGCCCCAUUUGGAAGACGGAAUGGAUGAUGAAGCUCAUGGUUGGAUUCCACGACGAAGCACAAAAGGCGAUUGCCCAGGGCCAAAGCUGGGCCAAGGUCCGCGAGGCUACCAGCGACCUGCAAGCCAAGCUGAGACAGCUCAAGUUUGAGCUUCCAGACGAUGGGCAGGACAAGGUUUCCAAGAAGUAUGAGGCUAUUCAACAGGAAAUGACGGACAGGUUUGCGUCCGUGAUUGAUGAGUAG